GUAUGGACGUCUGCGCAGAUUGAUGACAUCACUACAUUAGCCAGCAGGCUAGCUAGGUAUUGACAAGCGGUGGCUGUUUACUAAUAGCUGGCGUUUCAAUUGUUUUAGAGGCCAACGUCUUUUACUCGACUGUUUGCAAAGAAGAGAGUUAUAAGGUGAUCUGCAAUGGACAUUGACGUGAAAAGGCUGAAAGUGAAUGAGUUGAAAGAGGAGCUGCAGAAGAGGGGAUUAGACACUCGCGGCCUGAAGGCAGACCUGUCGGACAGACUGAAGGCUGCUUUAGAGAGCGAGGCAACAGCACAGAACUCCCAGGAGAUCACACCAAAUGAUGGGCAGCAGCCUGAAGCAGGUGAGGAGGAGCGUGGCUAUGAAGACGUCUGUCACCAGGGACAGCAGCGAGACGAGGGCGAUCAGAUCAAAGAUGAGAAAAACUUCAUCCCUGAUGCAGAUCACGAUGUUCCUGACUUCUCUGUAGAUGCCUGCAUGAACAGAGCAGAGGUUGUCGAGGAGCCUGAAGUCAAACCUGAAACAGAAGCACUGCCUGUCUGUACAGAAGAGCAAAAUGCACAACCAGUAGAGGUGAAGGAGGAGGAAGAUAUAAAGCCAGAACCGCAGCAGGAUUCUGGAUCAGCCAUAGAGUGGAAAGAGGUCCAUCAGACUUCUCAUUACCAGGACAACCAGGCACCUUACGGCUGCAAACGACCCCACGAUGACACCCAUGGAUAUAGUUACUACGAGCAUCGAGAGGAAAAGAGGUCCCGCUCACCUCAGCCUCCAGCUGAAGAAGAUGAGGAGGAUUUUGAUGACACACUAGUUGCCAUUGAUACCUAUAAUUGCGAUCUGCACUUCAAAGUUGCCCGCGACCGCUACAGUGGCUACCCUCUGACCAUCGAAGGCUUCGCGUACCUGUGGUCCGGCGCACGUGCCUCAUACGGCGUGAACAAGGGCCGCGUCUGCUACGAGAUGAGGAUAACAGAAGAGAUCUCUGUCAAACAUCUUCCUAGCAGCGAGCCUGACCCACAUGUAGUGAGAGUGGGCUGGUCUCUGGAUUCCUGCAGCACACAGCUUGGUGAGGAGCCUUUCUCUUACGGAUAUGGUGGAACAGGAAAAAAAUCCUCCAACUGCAAAUUUGAAGAUUACGGGCAGAAAUUUGGUGAAAACGACAUCAUCGGAUGCUACGUUGACUUUGACAGUAGUCCUGAAGUGGAGAUUUCAUUCUCUAAGAAUGGGAAGUGGUUGGGUGUAGCUUUCCGGGUGAGAAAGGAGGAGCUGGACGGUCGAGUCCUUUUCCCUCAUAUCCUGGUGAAGAACUGCGCUGUGGAGUUUAACUUUGGUCAGAAAGAGGAGCCGUUCUUCCCUUCACACGAAGGAUAUGUCUUCAUCCAGUCUGUCACAAUGGAGGACAGGAAUAGAGGCACUGUUGGUCCUGCAACCAAGGCAGACUGUGAGAUCUUGAUGAUGGUUGGUCUACCUGCAUGUGGCAAAACCACCUGGGCAGCCAAGCAUGCUGAGAUGAACCCUGCGAAGAAAUACAACAUACUCGGCACCAACGCCAUUAUGGAGAAGAUGAAGUUGAUGGGUCUGAGGCGUCAGAGGAAUUACGCAGGUCGCUGGGACAUUCUCAUUCAGCAAGCCACUCAGUGUCUGAAUCGACUCAUCCAGAUCGCCGCCCGCAAGAAACGCAACUACAUUCUCGACCAGACAAAUGUAUAUGGAUCAGCCCAGAGACGAAAAAUGCGUCCCUUUGAAGGGUUUCAACGCAAGGCUAUUGUAAUUUGUCCCACGGACGAGGACUUAAAAGCGCGAAGGUUAAAGCAAACUGAUGUGGAAGGGAAGGAUGUGCCCGAUCAUGCUGUUUUAGAAAUGAAAGCUAACUAUGUGCUACCAGAGGCUGGAGAGUUUCUGGAUGAGGUGACCUUCGUUGAGCUGCAGAAAGACGAGGCAGAGAAGUUGGUGAAGCAGUACAACGAGGAGGGCCGGCGGGCAGCUCCUCCACCUGAAAAACGCUACGAUAACAGACAGACGGGUUUCCGCGGCCAGAGCGGCAGCUUCCAGCGGUAUGACAACCGUGGAGGUCCUCGAGGAGGCUAUCAGAACCGUAGCAACUCUGGAGGAGGAUACAGACCAGGUUUCAAACGUGGAGGCUACAACCAGAACGGCUGGGGUGGGAAUUACAGAGACAUCAACUCGAGAGGUGGUUACAACCGUAACCAGAACUACGGAGGAAGCUACAACAGCAAUCAUCAAGGUUCCUACAAUAAGGAUGGAUACGGCCAGAGCUACAAUCAAGGAUAUAACCAAGAUUACAACCAGAGCAACUAUAACCAAGGCAGCUACAAUCAAGGGAGCUACAACUACGGUAAUUACAACCAGUAUCCUGGAUAUGGACAAGGCUACAGUGAUAAUCAAGCUUCUGGAUACAACCAGCAACAGAGCUACAACCAGCAGUAUCAGCAGUAUGCCCAGCAGUGGCAACAGUACUACCAGAACCAGAGCCAGUGGAACCAGUACUACAGCCAGUAUGGCAACUAUUCUGGGCAAGAAGGCAACAACCAGGGCCAGUGAAGCACGUGCCAUCCACAUACACUCAUCAAAUUCAAGAUCCUGCUCUAAUCUGAUCCAGACCCUCUUUAAUCAGAGGAAAUGCUCAGAGAACUCAAGAGUACAUUAUGGUUUGUGUGACUUCUUUAACAUGAACAUUAUUAUUGUGAUGAUGAUUAGUAAAUAAUUUAUUGUGCAGCUCUAACCACUGAGCUACCACUGCCCUCUCGAAAUGACGUGUGCUUGUGUAAUUAGUUUGAACUGUACAUUAUGAACAUAAGAUAAGCUCUUUUUAUUUCCAUCAAGCUCAUUUUGUCACUACUUUGCAUAAUGUGUUGGUUUUUUUUUUGUUACUAUGAAAAAGUAUAGUCUAACGUUAAAGGAAAAAUCCACCCUGAUUUGGAUGAUAUAAACUGGUCCAUUUCUAUCUUGGAUUAACUGUUUCCUAGAUUACCCACAAUGCCUUUUGACUAUUUUCAGGCUAAAGAGAAGGGUGUGAUGCAGCAGCACUUUAAUCCUUUAGUCCAGGGGUCGGCAACCUUAAACACUCAAAGAGCUGUUUGGACCUGUUUCCCACAGAAUAAAGAACAUCUCUAACAUCUCUAACCCCCACGCAACCCCAAUUUUUUCAUUGGUUGUUGCGUUAAAUCUUACCCAGAUAGUGCUAUUUUCUGAUUGGCUAUUGUGUAGUCUCUUUUUUUGAUUGGCUGAUGUCAGGCUCGACUAAGAACUGAGACGCGCUUGAUUCCUGCCCGGUUUCAUAGAGACAGCGGUGCGGACUGAUAUAUUUUGGGCGCUGCGGCGUUUUAAAUAUAUGAUAAAUAGUCAAAAAGCUUUUCUGCGUGAGAAAUACGAUGUGUGGCAGGAGAGCGUGACAAAAGACCCAAAUGCGUGACUGUCACGCUCAAUGCGUGACACUUGACAGCCCUGCAUGACAUCAAAAUUUUAACUUGCCGGCUGCAGCAAACCAAAAAUGCGUCUGCUUCUGUGUGUCGGAUUUCGCACGUCGGCAGUUAUGACGCAUAUUUUGAGCGACAAAAAAAUUAAACACGGUUUAUUUUAAUAUUACAAGAGCUUCAUAAUCUUAGAAUUUAGAAUUACAUUUUUUUUAAAAACUAACUAACUAAAAUAAAAUACAUUUAAAUUAAAAAUUUAUUUUCCAAAUCUACAGGGAGCCGCAGCAGAGGGAUGAAAGAGCCACUUGCGGCUCCGGAGCCGCGGGUUGCCGACCCCUGCUUUAGUCUAUCCAGCAAAUGUGUUAUUGCUUAUUGAUUUUGAGCUUGCUGAAAUUUCUAAUUUCCAAUAACCCCACCGUUACUGCACACUAGCAGCAUCCACCUGUAACCUCAGCAUCGGCUGACGAACACAGUCUUCUCGCAGGGAUAACAAAUACACAGCAGCAACAAUCACAAAUCCGUUAAUAUCAAAUUAUUCUACGUUUCAUGGUGGAGUUUUCCUUUAAAGAAUUUGGAAUUUAGAUUUUUCUACCUACAUUAUUAAUGGUUACGGUUCAUAAAUGGAAGUAACUGAAAGCAUGUGGUCUGUGAUGUGAUUUUUGUUACCUGUCUAAAACUGGAAAGCUUUUAUUUUUCCUUGUAAAUCUGACUUUUGAGAUUUUUCAUUCAGUAAUUGGAAAGAUUUUAAGAAUGUCGAUAAUGUUCAUCUGGAGUACUUUUACAUUUUGUCUCGUUGUGUGGUUUUCUUUUUCGUUUGAGUCUCGUAAAUACUCUAUAAAACAGAUAAAAAAAUGAAUAAAAUUGUCUUAUCAUUCAGCAUUUAAUGCAACCACACAGUAAAA